UUCGUGUUCAAUAAGCCGGUACGUGUUUCGAUAAUAUUUCUGUUUUGUUCGAUUAGAGGGUGUCACGGUUCGUUCAACGGCAUGUCUGCUAAUAGUGCCAGAACGUUGAAAAUUUUUGUCGGCAAUAUUGCAUGGACCGUCGGUCACAGGGAGUUGCGUAACUAUUUCAACCAGUUUGGAAAGGUUUCAUGGGCCCAGGUGGUGUUUGAUCGGAAAACGGGCCUUUCCAAGGGAUAUGGAUUUGUGUCAUUUCAGAAAAAAACAUCAAUAGAAAACUUGGAACGACGAAACCAAAAGCACAUCCUAGAUAAUACGCCAAUAUUUUUCCAACAGACGGAUUAA